GGCCUUGUAUAGACAGUUGAACCAGGUUAGGGAUAUUUAUGGAUGAGAUAAUAAGAGGUCAACAAAUUGAUAUCAGGGCAUCCCGGCCAUACACGGUCAUGUUGGAUUUAGUUUUGGUCUUCGUUUUAAUUACUUUUUCUGUAUUUUAUUGUGUUCAGAAGUUGGUGAACUCGAACAAAAACGUGCCCCCUGGACCAAAAGGAUGGCUUUUCAUUGGAAUGCUCUUUGAAUUUGACCUACCGACUCUCUAUCUGAAACUUAACAAUUGGACAGCAAAAUAUGGGGAGAUAUUCCAGUUUGAGUUGCUUGGAAAGAAGUUUGUUAGUUUAAACUCAUCUGAAGUUCUUAGAGAGGCUUUCAACCAAGAGCCAAAUGCCACAAUUACAGCAGCGCGAUCUCCGACGUUUUACGGCAAAUACAUAUUGGAUAAUUAUUCAGACAUCGCUUUCGCCUCACCAAACCAAGACUGGACAAAGCGUAGAAAACUAGGCCACCAGGUGCUUCGGGCAUACGGAGAGGGCCUGUCUUGUGUGGAAUCCCAAAUCAAGCGCAACCUUGUCUCUGUCAAAGAAUAUUUACGAUCCAACGAAAACAAGAACCUUGAUCCUAGUGAAAUCGUGGAGGAAUUUGUGCUGAACACGGUUGAAAUUCUGACAAUUGGUCGAAGUUUUGGUAGAAAUGGAAAACUACAGAAGAUUUUACAUAGACUGGAUGAUUUGGUCAACUUAGUGGCGAACCCUGGGUACGAUGCUCUGUAUGGGAGUAUGCCGUUUCUACGCCAUCUUCCUUUUCCAAUGACCAAAAAUAUAAAUGAACUUCACCGAAUAAAAGAGCAAAUGAUGGAGCAUUUGGAAAACUUAUUGAAGGACGACACGACAGAAAAGGGUAUUUACCACACGCUGAGAGAGGUGAUGGAAGAGAGGGAUGACGAUGGCAAACAAUGGUUCACCCAGGAAAACACUAGCACCUUGCUGAUGAAUUUUGUGGCUGCAGCUUAUUUAACAACCCGAGGGACUAUCAUGUCCAUGAUCCAAAUUCUUGCAAAACGACCUGAACUACAGAAAUCACUACAAAGAGAGGUGGACAAUGUGAUUGGUUCCGACAGAGAGCCCCGUCUGGCCGACAGGAGGAGCUGUCAUCUGACGGAAGCGUUCAUCAUCGAAUCUCUGCGCUACAUUUCACACGUUCCUCUGCUUAUAUUACAUGCUGCUUCCCAGGACACUACAAUAAAUGGAUACACCAUUGACAAGAAUACAAUCAUCGUACCAAACGUAUGGACGAUUCAUCACAGUGAAAAAGAGUUCGAUGAUCCAUUUAUCUUUAAACCUGAGCGUUUUCUUGAUGAUAAAGGACAAUUGUUGCCAUCAAAUGACCCUGUGAGGAAAAGGGUGUUUGCUUUUGGAUCAGGGAAAAGAAAUUGUCUCGGAGAAGUUUUUGCAAGAUCUCGCAUAUUUCUAUUUAUAUCCACAUUAAUGCAGUUGGCAACAGUAAUCGAUCCUGAUGGGAAAUCUUUGCCAGAUCUGCUGCCAAAGAAUAUGAUUCCAGGAAUUGUGCUACAACCUCAGCCUUUUGAAGUCCGCUUCAUUUUAAGAUCAAAAUAAUAUCAUUAUUAUGAUUUAUUUAUCUUAGUCGCUUAUAUACUCUUGUCGCUACAGAUACUCGUAUCAUCAUAUUGCUUGAUAAUGGUAAUGUCUAAUGCUAAUGCAUAUUAAUUAUUCCUUUUUGUAAAGUAAUUGGAUAUAAUGUUGAUAAACACAUUUUUAAUUACAGGUAUUUGUAAUGCCUGUAAUAAUGUUGUAAUCAUUUAUUUUUAAACUUAGUGUGUAUUUCUUUUUCAUAAUUUGUUAAGUAAAAAAAAAAUAACACAAGUCCUAAAAGUCGCAAUCUUUUUUAGUUCAACUGAGCAGAAAUCUUAAGUGAGCCAUUCUGAUCACUUUUUGUCCGACGUCCGUCUGUCUGUCUGUAUACCUUUUACAUUUUCGACUUCUUCUUCAGGACCACAUGGCCAAUUUCAACCAAACUUUUCACCAAGCAUUCUUAGGUGACGGGGAUUUCAGUUUGUUAGAAUGACGGGUCGCGCUCUUUUUUAAAGAAUGUUAAUUAAGAAUUAUUUAACAUAAGUUGGUACCUUUAAAAAAUCUUUUCAAAAAACAUUUGGCCAGAAAAGCUGAUACUUGUGUGGAAGCAUACUUAGGUAGUGUGGAUUCCAGUUUGUUCAAAUUAU